AUGUUUCGCUCUACUGCUCUGUUGACUUGCACAUUCUUCGCCAUUGCCUAUGGCCAACAGAUUGGGACACUUCUUGCUGAAAAUCAUCCUCCUUUGACCUGGCAGGAAUGUACGUCUUCAGGCUGCACGACGCAAUCAUCCUCAGUUGUUUUGGAUGGGAACUGGCGCUACCUACAUCAGACAUCGAGUUCGACUAAUUGCUAUGAGGGCAACACUUGGGACACUGCUCUCUGCCCAGAUCCCACCACUUGUGCUAAUAACUGUGCCCUCGAUGGUGCUGACUACCAAGGAACAUAUGGUGUCACGACCAAUGGCGACUCUCUCACUCUCAAAUUCGUGACUACUUCUCAACAGAAGAACGUUGGCUCUCGCUUGUAUUUGAUGGCUCCGGGAAGCAAAACCGAAUAUCAGACAUUCAAGUUGGUCAAUCAAGAGUUCAGUUUUGAUGUGGAUGUUUCUCAGCUCCCCUGUGGCUUGAACGGUGCCCUUUAUUUCUCACAGAUGGAUGCAGACGGUGGUAUGGCCCGAUUCUCUACUAACAAAGCUGGUGCUCAGUAUGGAACCGGCUACUGCGACUCCCAAUGUCCACACGAUAUUAAGUUUAUCGACGGCCUGGCUAAUAUCGUUGACUGGACUCCAUCUACCAACAAUCCUAACACUGGAACUAGGAAUACCGGCUCUUGCUGUGCUGAGAUGGACGUCUGGGAAGCGAACUCGAUGUCCGCUGCUGUAACUCCUCAUCCUUGCACCGUCACACAACAAACAGCGUGCACAGGCUCUACAUGCUCUUCCCCCAAUUCGACUGCAGGUGUUUGUGACCAGGCGGGCUGUGACUUCAACUCAUUCCGCCUCGGAGACACAACCUUCUAUGGUCCAGGCCAGACUGUCGACACCACAAAGCCAUUCACUGUUGUCACGCAAUUCGUUUCCUCGAACAACCAGAGUACUGGCACUCUUUCUGCAAUCCGUCGUCUCUAUGUUCAAAACGGAAAGGUCAUUCAAAACUCGGAGACGAAUAUUCCAGGAAUUACCGCCACAAAUGAAAUUGACGCCACCUUCUGCGAACAGCAGAAAGUUGCUUUUGGUGAUACCGACACCUUUGAUUCCAAAGGCGGCUUGAGCGGAAUGGGAAAAGCUAUGUCCGCUGGUAUGGUGCUCGUGCUCAGCCUCUGGGACGACUACGCCGUGAACAUGCUCUGGCUUGACAGCGAUUUCCCCACGAACGGAGGCACCAAGCCUGGAGUUGCUCGCGGCUCUUGCGCUGUUUCAUCUGGGGUUCCUGCUACUGUGGAAGCUCAAUCUCCAAAUGCCCAAGUCAUAUAUUCCAACAUUAAAUUUGGUGCAAUUGGGACCACUUUUACUGCAUAG